CAGUCAAAGCAUCACUCAGGUAGUAAAGGGGCAGAUCCGAGGACCAGAUACGAGCGGCGGUGGAGCUCUUUAGCUCACACCUCUCGGGUUUUUCAGCGACUCCUCGCUCUUUUUUCGCUCUCCUGAACAUCAUGGUGGCUAAAAACAGAAAACAGACCGGGAAAACUCCAGCGACCCAGACUGACCGCGACAGGAGCCCGUUAGUUUCGCCCCAUGGCAAAAGUAAUAUUAGGCGACCAGGGAGGGAAGGCAAGGCUUCCCACAGCUCGCAUUCAAACGGGCGUUCAGUAAUCGGACACAGGCUUGGGCUAACUCCCUCUUCGGUUGUAAAGCUGGGGCUCACUCUUUUCCUCGCUGGUCUGACUGGAUAUCUGCACUGGUGUCAUCUCUCACAGCUUUUUGAAAAUGACAGGCACUUUUCACAUCUGUCCACCCUGGAGAAGGAAAUGGCUUUUCGAACAGAAAUGGGUUUAUACUAUUCCUACUACAAGACCAUUAUUGAGGCUCCGUCUUUUGUGAACGGCCUCCACAUGAUCAUGAACGAUCGACUGACAGAGUAUCCACUGGUUAUUAACACACUGAAGAGGUUUAAUCUCUAUCCAGAGGUGGUCUUGGCCAGCUGGUACCGAAUGUAUACAGGUGUAAUGGGCUACUUUGGGAUUCCCACAAAGAUGUGCUGGUCCAUCAACAGAGGAGAGGGACUGACUCCUGUGGAUAGCUGUGAAGGAAUGGGUGACCCAGCAUAUUUCUACGUGACCUGUGUGUUCCUGCUGAACGGCGCAAUGAUGAGCCUGUUCUUCAUUUACGGUACUUACCUCAGUGGGAGUCGACUGGGUGGAAUUGUCACCACUAUGUGUUUUUUCUUUAAUCACGGUGAGAGCACCCGAGUGAUGUGGACUCCACCCCUGAGGGAGAGCUUUGCGUACCCCUUUCUAGUCCUGCAGAUGCUUCUUCUCACUUACAUCCUACGGACACGGAACCCGAGCCGGACAGCUAUGGUCGCACUGGGCAUCUCCAAUUUGUGCUUUAUGCUGCCUUGGCAGUUCGCCCAGUUUGUGCUGCUCACUCAGGUGGCUUCUCUGUUUGCAUCAUAUAUCCUGGGCUACCUUUCUCCAGCCAAGAUGCAGUCUAUCCUCGUCACACAUAUGAUCACUCUCGGUGUCUGCUUCUUUCUGAUGUUUGGUAACUCCAUGCUUCUCACAUCCUUCUAUGCCUCCUCGCUUGUUUCCAUCUGGGUCAUUAUUGCUUUGAGGGAUCGAUUUGUUCAGCUCUUCAAACCCGGUGUCAUCAUUUGGAUCAUGCAGGGUCUUGCUUGGGUUGGCGCCACCGUUUUGCUUAAAUUUAUGCUCUGCACCAUCUUUGGUGCCUCGGAUGAUGCUCAUAUCAGUGGAUUAAUCAAGUCUAAGUUCACGAGCUAUAAGGACUUCCACACUCUGAUGUACACGUGUGCGGCGGAGUUUGACUUCAUGGAAUUUGAGACACCAGUACGUUACCUCAAAACGUUGCUGCUGCCCAUCAACUUGCUGGUGGUUGCUGUCAUUGCUGGCAGGACUGUCCAGGAUAUAGUCCGGACCCUGCGGCAAGGAGGGAACACGGAUGAUGCAGAUGAAGCUGGAGGAUCUGAAAUCGUUGCAAAAGGAGAGCUGGUGUACCACAGCCUGCAGCUGGUGGCGUUUGCCGUCCUGGCUAUCCUCAUCAUGCGCCUGAAGCUAUUUUUGACGCCGCACAUGUGCAUCAUGGCGUCACUUAUGUGCUCCAAACAGUUGUUUGGUUGGAUCGGGGAGAAGCUCAAGCAUCAGAGUGUGGUUUUUGCAGUCAUGACUAUGAUGGCCAUACAGGGAGUAGCCAAUCUGCAGGCCCAGUGGGCGAUUAUUGGAGAGUUCAGCAACCUCCCACAGGAGGAGCUGCUGGACUGGAUCCAGGAAAACACUCGUCCUGAUUCUGUGUUUGCAGGAGCUAUGCCCACUAUGGCCAGCGUGAAGCUUUCCACUGGUCGACCCAUCGUCAACCACCCCCAUUACGAGGAUGCUGGUCUCAGAGAAAGAACCAAGCUGGUCUACUCCAUGUACAGCCGAAAGUCCGGAGAAACUGUGAAGGGGAACCUCAUGAAGCUGGGGGUGGACUUCUUUGUUCUGGAGGAUUCCUGGUGCACCAGGCGGACCAGGCCUGGGUGCAGCAUGCCAGAGAUCUGGGACAUUGAGGAUUCUGAAAAUGUUGGUAAAAUUCCCCUCUGCACUCACAUGUCCAGGAACUCACGACCCUAUUUCACCACAGUCUUCUCUAACGACAUUUACAAGGUUUUCAAAGUCCCAAAAGCAUCCAAAGAUCUCAGAUAACACCGUUGGACAAACUGGACAGCACCAAGCCUGUUCUUUCAAACUCUUCUUCUUUUUUUCUUGUCACUCACUUUGUUUCUGCUUUUUACUUCCCAAAACCCAGACACCUGCAGUUCUAUUUUUGUUUGUGCAUUGCUCUUUUUCACUUGUUGAGGGACUGAUGAGUGAGACACGUUAAAAACCAUAUGCCAUGAGUUUGACCUUUAUCAUUAGUUCUCAGUAUUUGUGUCCAGUUGCCUUUUUUGCUGCAUCUUUGUGACCCAGUAACAUUGUCAGUGCAAAUGUGAAGCCAAAAUGUGUCAUAGCUCCUCAUUUACAUUUGCAUUAUUUCUGUUACUAUAAUUUUUUACUUUAAAGGGUGCUGUUCAAAUAUCACUGUAGUUUUUACUGUGAUCAUACAUUGACUGAAUGUUGCUUCGGAAGUAAACUUAGUCAGAUAGGACCAAUCAGUAAUGUCCACAUACUGUGAAGCAAUACCCUUUGCAAACGUGACACACGCUGACUUCUACUAUUGUUAUGCACAGUGUUAUUCUCUGAACAGAUUUUUCAGUGGUACAAUAUUUUUAUAAUUUAUUCAUGUGAGCAGUUUUAUGCAAAUUUUAAGGUUGGGAUUUUUUUAGGAUGAUUUUUUUCUUGUAAAUCAAAAUGUUUUAGGAGUCUUCAGACUUACGAGUAGCAAAUUCUGCUCUGCUUUUGGAGGUUUUUUUAAUUCAGUACAUAUCAUGUAGUAAUGUUGUGUAGAUAAAAUUUACUCAAUUGUUUAAACAUAAUUUCACAUGAGAGAGGAGCCUUUGUUAAUCUUUUUUAGUUUUUAAUGGCCAAAAGAGUUAAACGAGAAAAAACAAAGCUGCCCUGUUAUAACUUUUGUAAAUAUUAAAUCUGUUGUUUUGUAAAGUAUUAAUGUUCAGCCUUUAAAGGUUCUUUGUGCUUCUUGAAUUGUUUAUUGCCAAAGGAAGUUUUGUUAUUAAAGCUGCAUUUUCAAGCUGC